AUGAAUACCCUGCUCGCUCUGGUGGUUCUGAUGGUGGCGGCCGUAUACGCAGCACCGGCCGACAGUGAUGCGCAAGCGCAAAUCGUCAGUCAGACGUCCGAUGUGCAGCCGGAUGGAUCGUUCAACUAUGCGUUCGAGUCGGCCAAUGGAAUCAAGGUUGAGGAUCAGGGCACGAUCAAGUCGAUCAAGGUACCGAAGCUGGACGACACCGGCCGACAGGUCGGUGAGGAGGACGUGCAGGUGUCCGUGCAAACUGGCUCCUUCCAGUACACCGCCCCGGACGGUCAGAUCUACACGCUGAAAUACAUCGCGGAUGAGAAUGGAUUCCAGCCCCAGGCGGACCAUCUUCCAGUUGCUCCAAGUGCUUAA